AUGAGAGCAUUCAGCAUCAAGUUGGUGGAACGCAUACUUGUGCUAUGGCGACGUGUCAACUAUGCGUGUCGAAACUUGACAGUGCAUGGACCAAGCUUUCUUGUCCGAAAAGACGUCCAUUUCAUAUACAGGCUGAUCUACUUCAUAAUCUACAUCAACGUAUGGUGGAUUGCGGUCGCUACAAUUCUUCGGUACUAUAACCACUACCAAGAGAACACCAUCCGAUUCACGACACGAACAGAUUAUCUAGACUGGAACACAACGUUUCCAGCUAUAUCGUUAUGCGAGAUGGCUAACGUGGAAAAAGUAUUCAUGCAAAGUGAAAAAUUAAAAGAAAACGCUAAUGGAAAACUCGAUCAUUACAUACGGGAGAUAACCUUCUUUACCGGCACUUGUCACAGCUGUGUAUCAACAUGUGAAGAGGAACCCAUUUGUACUUUGAAUUAUUCACAAAUAAUACCACUUUUCCGAGCAAAAUGCAAGGAUAUGUUUAUGAGUUGUUUCUGGAACGGAAUACCUUUUGAUUGCUGCAACAACUUUUUGCCUAUACCCACUGAGUACGGCACUUGUUACUCAAUAAACAGUUUACAUACCAAAAACCAACAGCUGGUUCAUUUGACGUCAUCUACACAACACGAACUGGUUUCACUUGAAGUGAUUUUAUCGCACGAUUACGAAGUCUUUUUGCAUUCACCUGAAGAUAUCCCAUUUUGGAACAUGGAAUAUGACAGACGGAUGGUGAUGGUAUACGGAUCUCAAGCUACAGUUAUUUUUUCUAUAAUGGAUAUUAUAAACGAGCCAGAAGUCGCGAUGACAACUCCCGAGGUUCGAAGAUGCAGAUUCAUCGAAGAAGUUCCAGAAAAUUAUUUGGCUUACAAUAAAUACAGUUAUUCUGUUUGCAUCACGCAAUGCCGCAUUGACGCGCAGCUGGAGCUUUGCAACUGCACUCAUCACCUGUCACCGAUUCAGUAUAAAGACAGAUACUGCGACCUGGAGGGACUGAAGUGUCUGACGAACAAUUACGAUAUCCUCAGUAAGCUACAGGUUCCUGAUACCAAUAGAACAGGCUUGGAGUGCGAUUGUCUGCCUUCGUGUACUGAACCGGAUUAUAAUGUUGUGACGAAGAAGUUUAUUGAGCCAAGAAAGGAAGUGAAGGCAGGGACAACGAAAUUCAUCUUGAGCAACAGACCCUAUGAGCGAUUGACUCGUCAAGUUGCUCGUACUCCCCUGGAUCUCGUAGUAGCAAUGGGCAACUGCUUUGGCCUUUGUUUCGGUGGUUCUCUUCUGUCUAUAGUAGAGGUCGUUUACUACCUAUGUUUUAAAAAGUGGAAGUAUGUUAAAGGCAAAUAA